GAAUAAAAUAUUAGUUACAAUGAAAUAAAAUUCAGUGGUGAGUAUAAACAUGGUUAAAAAUUUGGUGCAUGGGAAAUCUAGUUAAUAAAUUUCUCCUAUCCUAGUGGGGGAGGAUCAUACAAAGAAAACGAAAACUGAAUAGAUGGAUUAUGGAUUGAAAAAAGCAAUUAUUUUUUAAUGUAUAAUUAAAUUCACUUGAAAUUUAUUAGGUCAUGUUAAGUUAUAAAUCAAGGUGAAUAUUUAAAAGGAAAAAAGGUUGGAAGAUGGGAUAUUUUAUUUAGGAAUAAUUCUACUUCUUUAUUUUAAUUAAUGUAUUUCGAAAAAAAGAUAUUAUUUUUCAUUUAUAGCGGAGGUGGAUCAUAUAAUGAACAAAAUAUGAAAACUGGAAUAUGGAUUUAAUUGAAUGAUUAAUUUCAUAAGUAUUGUAAUUAAUCAUUUUAGUAAUUAAUAAUGCACAAAGGCGAAUAAAAAAAUAGUUUAAAGAUAGGUAGAUGGAUAAUCUAAACAAUAUUUUCAAAUAAAACAAUUUAAUGAUAAUCUUAACAAUUUUUAAUAUUUAGUAGAGGCAAUGGAUGCUAUGAUGAGAAUGGAUUGAAUUGAGCGAC